AUAAAACAUUUAGUGAGCUAGUAGAAUUAAUACUUCAAAUUAAAGAUAUUCAAGAAUGUGGAAAAACUUUAAAAUGGACAGGACCAGUAGUUGCUAUAACAGAUUGUACCAAAAUUCAAACCAAAUUAACCUAUUCACAAGAGUUAGGAUGUAUAGUUGGAUCAACUUUAGGUUUUGAUAUAAACAUAACAAUAUAUGAUGAUAUACAUUUAAAAAUCAAAGAAAUUCAAGAUAAUAAUCUUAUUGCAUCACAAGUUAGAUCUUCUAUUUAUUCUAAAAGACCUAUAAUACAUGUUCAAGAUUCAAAACAUGCUAAAAAAAAUAGAAGAAAUGCAAUUCAUAGUGAAGCUCGUCUUCUAGUUUUGGGAAAUAAUACCAUACGAUAUGAUCAACUUUAUCAACUUGCAUAUAAAGAAAAUUCUGCACUAUAUAUUCGAGAUGUUAUAAAUAUUGAUAAGCAAGAUGAUG